AUGCUUUGCUUGAAUAUCUUUUUCGUACAGAUGACGGAGGACGAGUUUGAGGACGAAAUUUGGAAGCUGGAGGAUGACAUGACAGACUUCAUGGAGGAGUUCCAGGAACUGGCCCUUCCUGAGUCACCCACCAGCGAUCAAUGUCUUUGGUCGAGGCUUGCUGCUCCAGGAGAUCCUCCAACUGACCAGCCUGUGACUCCAAUUGAGGACUCUCCAAUGUCUCAAUGCACCCUGUCGCCUUGUCUCCAAGACCUCACGAUCGCUUCCGGAAAUGCGGGCGAAACCUUCACACCAACAGUGCCACACGAAUCGGCCCAGGAACAGGGAGAGUUUUCGGAUAUAGAGUGUGAAGUAUUCGAAAAAACGGAUUUUCCAGAAUACGUUCACCUCUCGGAUCCUGAGAAAGUCAUUUACGAGCUGCAAGUCCUGGAAUAUGACGGAGAAGUCACUUACGUCAAGACUUUCUACGACUCGCAGGCCAACGAUUAUUUAUGA